UUGCGGUCUCGUGUUAGAGCGUCAGCUGACAUCCCGGAAGUGAUACAAAUAAAUAUCGCUGCCACUCUCUCCACGGUAUUUCGUAUUUCGCAUAAUUUAAAGACACCGUUUAAGCCGUUAUUAUGGAGGGUGCACUGGAGCAGCAUCUUGAUGAUACAAUGAAAAAUCCUGCUAUCGUUGGGGUUUUGUGCACAGACGCUCAGGGCCACAAUCUAGGAUGCCGUGGCUCGCUUUCUGAUGAACAUGGAGGAGUUGUGUCUGUGCUGGCUAGACAAGCUGCCUCUCUAACCAAAGACCCCACUGACUCUCCUACAGUGUGUCUGGAGUCUGACUCUGGGAACAUUUUGGUGAGAACGCAUGGAACAAUUACACUGGCUGUACAUAAGAUGACAUCAUAAAUUCAUUUGUUUAUUUCUAAUUGCCAUAUAUAUAUAUAUAAAAUGUGUUCAGUAAAAUUAUUUGAGUUUGAAAAGCUUCAAAGGUCUUUUGUCAGCAACAUAGGAGUUUAUUGAUCAGCUGCGAUCAUGUCUUCCGUCAUAUCAAAAACUAUUGUAUAUUUGUGUCCAUGGUUAAGCAAUCAUUUCUUUUCCGAUAUAUGUAUUUUCUUUCAACCAUGGUUUAGAUGUUUACGGCAUCUUUUUUUUGGUCAAACUAUUGUUUCCCAUCUAAUAAAUUGUGUUAUUUAAAUAAAUUCUGACUGAGUCUGUUGUG